AUGGUCUCAGUGGGGACCAAUUUCCUGCUACAACCUGCUGCUUCAGCCAAUACAAUCAGAGGAGACGCUGCCUGGCCCCUGCAGAAGGGUCACACGGAGGGACGAGGCGCAGUCCGGCCGCGCCUGGCGCCGGGCCGAGCGCCCCCCGCGGGCAUGGGGAGCGCGCACUCCAGAAGCGGGGCCAGAAGCGGGGCUCUCCACGGCCGCCCCGAGCUGGCUUUCUACGGCUCUUUCCCCCGGAAAUGGAGCGAGAACGUCUUUCUGGACAACGAGCUGCUGACCUCCAAGAUCCUGUCCGUGCUGCGGCCGCAGCCGGAGCGGGGCCGCUUCCCCGCCCACUUCCUCAGCACCAACUCCGUCUUCGCCUCCGUUGCAGCGUCCCUGAAGGAGCACCCGAGGGCCACCCCCUUGCCCGAUGGCAGCCCGGCCCUGCCCAGGAAUGUCGGCAUGACUGUGUCCCAGAAGGCGGCUCUGCAGACAGCGCCCAGCCCGGCGGGAGCGGGGACUCGACCCGGACCAGUCACAGGAGAGAUGGAUGAAGCCGAUUCUGUGUCUCUGAAGUUUAAGCAGGCAGCUGAUGACUCUCUCUGGCCGACAUCUUCAAAUGCUGAGUCCAUUUUUGUGGAAGACCCCUACACCGCCUCGCUGAGGAGCGAGAUCGAGUCGGACGCCCGCGAGUUCGAGGCGGAGUCCUGGAGCCUGUCCGUGGACGCCGAGUACGCAAAGCAGCAGCCGCGGGAGGUGGUGAAGAGGCAGGACGUGCUUUAUGAGCUGAUGCAGACGGAGGCGCACCACGUGCGGACUCUCAAGAUCAUGCUGAAGGUGUACUCCCGGGCGCUGCAGGAGGAGCUGGCCUUCAGCAGGCGGAGCGUGGACCUGCUCUUCCCCGGCGCCGACGACCUGCUGGCGCUGCACAGCCGCUUCCUGGCCCAGCUGAAGGAGCGCCGCCGGGAGGCCCUGGCGGAGGGCAGCGACCGGAACUACACCAUCCAGAGAGUGGGGGACCUCCUGCUGCAGCAGUUUUCAGGUGAAAAUGGAGAGAAGAUGAAAGAAAAAUACAGCAUCUUCUGCAGCGGCCACAACGAAGCCGUCAACCACUACAAGCUGCUGCUGCAGCAGAACAAGAAGUUCCACAGCCUGAUCAAGAAAAUCGGCCACUCGUCCGUCGUGCGGCGGCUGGGCGUGCAGGAGUGCAUCCUCCUGGUCACGCAGCGCAUCACCAAGUACCCCGUGCUGGUGGGGCGCAUCAUCCAGAACUCAGAAGCCGGCUCCGAGGACCACAGAGACCUGACCCAGGCGCUGGGCCUCAUCAAAGACAUCAUCUCGCAAGUGGACGCCCGGGUCAGCGAGUGCGAGCAGGAGCAGCGCCUCAAGGAGAUCGCGGCCAGGAUGGACCCCAAGGCCUCCAGCAGGCUCAAGAACGGGCUCGUCUUCCGCAAGGAGGAGCUGCUGCAGCGGCAGCUGCGCUUCCAGGGCCCGCUGUGCUGGAAGGCCACGUCGGGGCGCCUGAAAGACGUCCUUGCCGUCCUGCUGACUGACUCGCUCCUGCUGCUCCAGGAGAAGGAUCAGAAAUACGUCUUUGCUUCUGUGGACUCCAAGUGCCCCGUCAUCUCGCUGCGGAAGCUCAUCGUGCGGGAGGUGGCCAGCGAGGAGAAGGCCAUGUUUCUGAUCAGCGCGUCCAUGAAGGGGCCCGAGAUGUACCACAUGUGCACCAGCUCCAGGGAGGAGCGGAACUCGUGGAUGGGCCACAUCCGCAGGGCCGUGGAAAGCUGCCCUGAGGCGGAGGAGGGGCCCCUGGGGCCGUGCCGAGCCCGGGCCCCGCACCCCGCUGCUGACCGCCCUCCGCAUGGCUUCCCAGAGCGGCUGAACGCGAGGGACCAGCAGAUCGCGCAGAGCCUCAGCGAGAAGCAGCAGAUCUACCUGGAGAUGGCCGAGACGAGCGGGCUGGGCGACCCCUCGCAGCCACAGCUCCUCUUUGGCGAUGGGGAGUCCACGGAGAUCGUCCAGUCAGCCGUGAGCGAGCUCGAGGACAUCCAGAGCCUGAUCUGCAGACAGCUGGGCAGUGCCAAUGGCCAGGUGGACGAUGGGAGCGGUGUGGCAGCCCUGCCUCGCAGAGCAGAGACCUUUGGGGGCUACGACAGCAUGGGCAGCCCUGGCAAGAAUGGCAGCUUUAAGAAGAGCUACAGCGCAGACCCCAGGCUCCACGACCGGCAGAGCCCCGUGAGCAGCCCAGACCCUCAGCUUGCAGACGCCCUGGGGGCCUCCGCGGAGAGUCCGCAGGUGAGCACCUUCCCCUUGGGGCUGCUGGCACAGGGCGGCCCAGACCCUCGGUGGCCCCAGCACAUGUGGUCAGCCCGCACUGGCUGCCCGUGUCCCCUCGCGUGGCCGCUGACGACGAGCGCCGUCUUGUUUGCUGGUCAGCCCGCACUGGCUGCCCGUGUCCCGUCGCGUGGCCGCUGACGACGAGCGCCGUCUUGUUUGCUGGUCGGCCGCACGGGCUGCAUGGUGCCGCAGAGGACCCCAGGGAUGGGGAGUGGGGUGCGCAGGCCUGAGGCGGCAGCAAGACGCAGCCCUCGGCUCACACUGGCCGCUCCCGCCCCCGUCAGAGCGGGCCGGAGCCGCAGGCCAGGGAGCAGA